GGUGCUUUACAAAGAUGAGCUCAGAUGCUGAGAUGGGGGUGUUUGGGCCGGCUGCCCCAUACCUCCGGAAGUCUGAUAGGGAGAGGAUAGAAGUCCAGAACAGACCCUUUGAUGCCAAGACGGCUGUGUUUGUGUCGGAGCCUAAGGAACUGUUUGUCAAAGGCACUCUCCAAAGCAAAGAGGGCAGCAAAGCAACCGUUAAGACUGAAGCGGGAGCAGUGAGUUACGUCUAAUUGAACUAGUACAGUGCCAUAUUAAAAAAAUAUGUAAACAGUCGAGAUCGAGUAUUUUCCAAAAAUCUAUUCGUAUUUUCUUCCUAAACAUAGACUGUAACAGUGAAGGAUGAUGAAGUAUUCCCCAUGAAUCCUCCUAAAUUUGAUAAGAUUGAGGACAUGGCCAUGAUGACCCACCUCAAUGAGGCCUCUGUGCUGUACAACCUCAAAGAGCGUUAUGCAGCAUGGAUGAUCUACGUGAGUCACAUUUGACAUGAGUGAAGGCAGUUUUUUGUCUGAUGGUGAGCUUGUUUCCAUAGCUCAGCCUUUCCACAUUACUCUCCUUAAACUGACAUUACAAUCACUGCUGUGUUUUCAGACCUACUCUGGGCUUUUCUGUGUCACUGUGAACCCCUAUAAGUGGUUACCAGUUUACAACCAGGAGGUGAUAGUGGCCUAUAGAGGGAAGAAACGCCAGGAAACUCCACCCCACAUCUUCUCCAUCUCCGACAAUGCCUAUCAGUUUAUGCUGACUGGUAGGAUUCAAGCUCUUCAAUGUAAUUUAUUAGUUCAUCGUCUAUUCAUAUACAGUAUGUUCUUCUCAUGAUUGUGAUGCUUCCUUUUCAUUUAGAUAGAGUGUGCCAGUCCAUCUUGAUCACGUAAGUAACAGAACUUGAAAAUCCACAGACUUCAACAGGAAGAAACAUUGUGUUUUUUAUGGAUGGGCUUUGUGUUUCUCUCAGUGGAGAAUCCGGUGCAGGGAAGACUGUGAACACCAAGCGUGUCAUCCAGUACUUUGCGACAAUCGCAGUGUCUGGAAAUGGGGACAAGAAGAAAGAGGGUCCAGGCAAAAUUCAUGCAAGUAGAACUCAACAUCUUUAUUUUCCUCUCAAGAAACAAUGUUCAGACUACUACACAAAGAACAUGCCUUUAGUAGGCUAUCUAAACAGACAGAUAAUCUGCUGUAUUUUAUGACUGAUUGAAUUAAUGUUACUUGAUUGGCUGACUGGUUGAUCUGUUGUGUCUUACCUGUAGGGAACCCUGGAAGACCAGAUCAUCUCAGCCAACCCUCUGCUGGAGGCUUUUGGAAAUGCCAAGACUGUUAGGAACGACAACUCCUCUCGCUUUGUAAGUUAGUAUUUCUGUCUAUGUCAUAUGGUGUCACUUAUUUGUCAUAAUUCAGUCAUCAAGGUAAUUACUGUCUUGUUUUAUCUCUGUUCAGGGAAAAUUCAUCAGAAUUCACUUUGGAACUACAGGAAAACUGGCUUCCGCUGAUAUUGAGACUUGUAAGUUGGGUCACACUUUAUUUGGAUAGUCCGGAUUUUCCAGGUCAUACUAUCAACAGACUAUCUGUUGAUAAGCAACUGCUUGCUAAGGUUACGGUUAGGGUUGGGGUUAGGUUUAGAAUAAGGGUUAGGGUAAGGGUUAAGGUUAGGGUAAGGGUUAAGUUUAGGUUUAGAAUAAGGGUUAGGGUAAGGGUUAAGGUUAGGGUAAGGGUAAGGGUUAAGUUUAGGAUUAGGAUAAGGGUUAAGGUUAGGGUUAGGGCUAGGGUUCGGGUUAGUAGAUAGUUAGUUAAAAUGUUACUGAUAGUCUGUAGAGCAUCUACAGAUGGACUAUCCAAAUAAAGUGUUACCGUAAGUUGUAUGCCACAUUUGGCUCAGAAACAUUUAUGAUACACUGUGACAUACACAUGAUACACAGCACAAACAUGUUCUCUUUGUAUUUGGCAGAUCUCCUGGAAAAAUCCCGGGUGACGUUCCAACUAUCAGCAGAGAGGAGCUACCAUAUCUUCUACCAGAUCAUGUCCAACAAGAAGCCUGAGCUCAUAGGGACUCUUCUCAUCACCACAAACCCUUAUGACUUCCCGUUUAUCAGCCAAGGGGAGAUUGUUGUGGCUAGUAUCGAUGACAGUGAUGAACUGCUGUCUACUGAUGUAAGUAGAGAAACUUUGGGCUAAAUGCAAUCAAACUCAAAUGGCAGAAAAUGUGAUGAAUUUGUCCCUUAAUUUCUGAUUUGAUCAGGAUCCCUUGCAAAUGCUCUGUUUCGUUCAUAAAAAAAAACACUGUCCACUGAUGUGCUUCAAGAGUGCUAUUGACAUCCUGGGAUUCACUGCAGAGGAGAAGAUUGGCAUCUACAAGCUGACUGGUGCUGUGAUGCAUUAUGGAAACAUGAAGUUCAAGCAGAAGCAGCGAGAGGAGCAGGCGGAACCAGAUGGCGCUGAGGGUAAAAACAUGGGAUGCAUGUCAUUCCAGAAAGUUAUUCCCUCCCUCCUACCAUUGUUCACUCCCCUUCACAGAUCUGAUAGAAUUGCUCUAAUAUGGUGGGAACUUAUUAGAGCUGAUGCUUACUGAAAAUGACAACACACACAUAUUCUGGUGUCCUUUCUUUUCUAUUUCAGUGGCUGACAAUGCAGCUUACCUCAUGGGCUUGAACUCAGCAGAUCUGCUAAAAGCGCUCUGCUACCCCAGAGUGAAGGUUGGAAAUGAGUAUGUCACCAAGGGACAGACUGUUCAGCAGGUAUUUGCCAUCUUGUGUUGUUUUAGAGGUCUCAAAUUCAACUUGUUGCUGUUGACUCAUGUAAUAUGCUUAUAAGGUGUACAACUCUAUUGGAGCCUUGGCUAAAUCUGUCUUCGAGAAAAUGUUUCUCUGGAUGGUCAUCCAUAUAAAUGAGAUGUUGGAAACCAAGCAGCCAAGGCAGUUCUUCAUCGGUGUCCUGGACAUUGCUGGGUUUUAAAUCUUUGAUGUAAGUGAAAUGUCAAAAAAUUAGUGUUUAUAAUUCCCCAGUGUCAUAACAUUGGCCCAAUAGAUAGCAAUCGAAAUGGUAUUUGUUGACUUUCUCAACAGUACAACCGUCUGGAACAGCUGUGUAUCAACUUCACCAAUGAGAAACUGCAACAGUUUUUCAACCACCACAUGUUUGUGCUGGAACAAGAGGAGUACAAGAAAGAGGGAAUUGAGUGGGAGUUCAUAGACUUUGGAAUGGACUUGGCUGCCUGCAUUGAGCUUAUUGAGAAAGUGAGAAAUACUAGCUUCAUUCGUGAUAGCAAUUUCAUAGAAUUUAGAACAACUUUUACACUUUCAUUCAAGAUCUAAACGCGGCACUGUCAUUUGUUUGUUAAUCCACAGCCAAUGGGCAUUUUCUCCAUCCUUGAAGAGGAGUGCAUGUUCCCCAAGGCUUCAGACACUACCUUCAAAAGCAAGCUCUAUGACCAGCACCUUGGAAAGUCUAACAACUUCCAGAAGCCCAAGCCGGUCAAGGGCAAGGCAGAGGCUCACUUCUCCCUGGUGCACUAUGCCGACACUGUGGACUACAACAUUACUGGCUGGUUGGAGAAGAACAAAGACCCACUGAAUGAGACAGUCAUUCAGCUCUACCAGAAGGCAGCCUUGAAGCUGCUCUCUUUCCUCUACUCUAGUUAUUCUGCCUCUGAGGGUAGGGACAUAGAAGUGCAUACAAUGCAUUCACUCACUCACACAUUCCUGUCUGUCAUUUUGUGUGGAAUUACAGUCAGAAGUGGUUUCAUGUCUUUGGAAAUGUUUUGUACUGUAGAAAAUAGUGGUGGUGCUGGUGCAGCAAAGAAGGGUACUAAGAAGAAGGGCUCUUCUUUUCAGACAGUGUCAGCCGUCUUCAGGGUCAGUAGAGAAUGAACAACACAUUCUGUAUUCUCAUUAUUCCCUCCUACAUGUUUGAUGAAAAUUAUUGUAAUACACAUUUAGUUGUUGCCCUUAACAGGAAAACUUGGGAAAGCUGAUGACAAACCUGAAAAGCACUCACCCCCAUUUUGUCAGAUGUCUGAUUCCAAAUGAGAGUAAGACGCCAGGUAAACAUUUUCACCAUAUCAUUGGUGUCUACUUCAGGUUAUUUGGCUUUUGCUCAUUAUUUUGAUUUGUUCCUUAUGUAGGUGCUAUGGAGAACCAUCUAGUUAUCCACCAGCUGAGGUGUAAUGGUGUGCUGGAAGGUAUCAGAAUCUGUAGAAAGGGCUUCCCAAGCAGAAUACUCUAUGGGGAUUUCAAGCAGAGGUAAUAGGAUUUUUGAACAUACAGUACACACAAUUUGUUAUUUAUUUUAUUGAAACUCAUUAAAAAAAAUUCUACAAACAGUUCAAUCUCUUUUCUACAAACCUUUUCCCUCUAGGUACAAAGUACUGAAUGCAAGUGUUAUCCCUGAUGGCCAGUUCAUUGACAACAAGAAAGCUGCAGAGAAGCUCUUGGGGUCAAUUGAUGUGGACCACAAUCAGUAUAAGUUUGGACACACCAAGGCAAGUGUUAGUGAACAUCAUCACUCCUGGUAGGGGCGGCAGGUAGCCUAGCGGUUAAGAGCGUUGGGUCAGUAACUGAGAAAUCGCUGGUUUUGAAUCCUCAAGCUGACUUGGUGAAAAAUCUGCCGAUGUGCCCUUGAGCAAUGCACUUUACCCUAAUUGCUCCUGUAAAUCGCUCUGGAUAAGAGCAUCUGCUAAAUGACUACAAUGUAAAUUGUAGUACCAAUACUGUACAGAUUCGUUUUUGGUAUGAAAAAAUCAGGUGUGGUAAUUUCAAAAUGGCCUCCAUGUCUGUCUCCUGCAGGUGUUCUUCAAGGCAGGCCUGCUGGGUUUGCUGGAGGAGAUGAGGGACGAAAAACUGUCCACCCUCAUCACAAUCACCCAGGCCCUGUGUCGCGGCUUCCUAAUGAGGACAGAGUACUGGAUGAUGAUGAAGAGGAGGUGAAGGCCAUGAUGAUAGAUUGGAGACCAAACAGGAGAUGCAUUGCAUACAUUGAUGUCAAUGAGACAUUUGUAAGAACAUUUCAGUUAUAAACACCUCAAGUCAUAAUCUGUCCCUGAGAUGGUAUGGAGUACAUUAAAAUGUAAGGAUCCUAAAUCUGAGUUAUGUCUUUGCAGAGAAUCCAUUUCUGUUGUUCAGUCCAACAUGCGUUUCUUCAUGAAUGUGAAACACUGGCCAUGGAUGAAGCUAUACUUCAAACUCAAGCCACUCCUAAAGAGUGCUGAGACUGAGAAGGAAAUGGCUACCAUGAAAGUGGAUUUUGGCAAGUGCAAGGACGACCUGGUCAAAGCAGAGACCAAGAAGAAGGAGCUGGAGGCCAAAUUGGUGACCCUGCUCCAGGAGAAGAAUGACCUGCGACUGCAAGUUCAGACUGUAAGUAUAGUUCUUGAGUGCCAAAGGAUAGGAAACAAUGUUCUUACAACAUUUAAUGACUUGCUCUAGAGAUCCAGAGGAAUUUUAUCACAUCAAAAAGCAAGGUUAUUAGGAUGCAAUAGAAAAUAUCAACAGAAUAUUAUAUUUCGUUUGAUGAGACAUUUUCUUUCCAGGAGAGUGAAGGUCUGGUGGAUGCAGAGGAGAGAUGUGAGGGCCUCAUCAAGAGCAAGAUCCAACUGGAGGCCAAAGCCAAAGAGCUGGGUGAGAGGCUGGAGGACGAGGAGGAAAUCAAUGCUGAACUGACUUCCAAGAAGAGGAAGCUAGAGGAUGAGUGCUCUGAGCUGAAGAAGGACAUUGAUGACCUGGAACUCACUCUGGCCAAAGUGGAGAAGGAGAAACAUGCCACUGAAAACAGGGUUAAUGUCUUUCAUGAACGUAUCUGUUUUCUAAAAAAGGUUAUAUACUUUAUUCACUGACCUGUCUGUUUUUGAAAAACCAGCAGGUGAAAAAUCUGACAGAAGAAAUGUCAGGUUUGGAUGAGAUGAUUGGCAAAUUAUCCAAGGAGAAGAAAGCCCUCCAAGAGACCCACCAGGAAGCCUUGGAUGACCUCCAGGCAGAGGAAGACCAAGUCAACAUUCUGACCAAAGCCAAAGUCAAGCUGGAGCAACAAGUGGAUGAUGUUAGUCUAAACCUUGAGCUUUAUUAGCUUUAUUCUGGAUAGGUUUAACUAUUAAACAUACUUCCUACUUCUUUUUACAGCUUGAGAGCUCUCUGGAGCAAGAAAAAAAGAUAUGGAUGGAUAUGGAGAGGUCCAAGAGAAAGCUUGAAGGGGAUCUGAAACUGACUCAAGAAUCUGUAAUGGAUCUGGAGAAUGACAAGCAGCAGCUGGAGGAUCGACUGAAGAAGUACAAUAAACACUUCAGUUAUUCAUCCAUUCAUAUUCUAGAAAAUGUGAUUUGAUAGAAACUCAACCUAAGAAACUCUAAUCAUAUGGUUUUACUUGGCAGGAAAGACUUUGAGUUCAGCCAGAUUCUCACAAAAAUUGAGGACGAGCAAAGUUCAUCGGCACAACCUCAGAAAAAGAUCAAGGAGCUCCAGGUACUCAAUGAGAAAAUAUUGCCUUCAAGAUUAAGACCUUUAUGUGUUUAACAUGUUUCCUUCAAUACUUUCUUCCAGGCCCGUAUUGAGGAACUGGAAGAGGAGAUUGAGGCUGAACGUGCUGCUAGGGCUAAAGUGGAGAAGCAGAGGUCUGAUGUCUCCAGGGAACUUGAAGAGAUCAGCGAGAGGCUUGAAGAAGCUGGUGGAGCCACCAUUACUCAAAUCGAGAUGAACAAGAAGCGAGAGGCCGAGUUUCAGAAACUGAGACGAGACCUGGAGCAGUCAACUCUGCACCAUGAGGCUACUUCUGCUGCCCUGCGUAAAAAACACGCAGACACUGUGGCAGAGCUGGGAGAGCACAUUGACAAUCUGCAGCGUGUCAAGCAGAAGCUGGAGAAAGAGAAGAGUGAAUACAAAAUGGAGAUUGAUAAUCUGGUCAGCAACAUGGAAUCAGUGUCCAAGUCCAAGGUAGAUAACAAUAUCAUUCCAUUACAGAAAGAUGCAUUCAUACUUUUUAAAAUCAUGAAAACAGAUUUCAUUGCUUAUUAUUUUCAAAGGCAAAUUACGAGAAGAUGUGUCAUACUCUGGAGGACCAGCUGAGUGAAUACAAGGCCAAACAUGAUGAGAACACUCGCCAGCUCGCUGAUCUCAACACUCAAAGAGCAAGACUUCAGACUGAGAAUGGUAGGAAAUACAACAUGCUGAGUUGGCAAUUAUCCACCACUUGGACCACAAUAAAAGAGGGCCUGUUCUAACAAAUGUUCUUGUAAUCCUUUAUCUGAAAGGCGAGUUUACCCGCCGGCUUGACGAGAAAGACGGAAUACUUUCUCAGAUGUCAAGGACCAAGAUGUAAUUCACUCAACAAACUGAAGAGCUGAAUAGGCAGCUUGAAGAAGAAACCAAGGUUUGUUUUAAUAUUCUACUUUGAAUAAUGAAUUCCUAUCCAGGCCUCUAAAGAGUUAAAAAAAGUAUAAGAAAGUACACAGCUCUACACAUUCUUAAAAAUUCUAACCUCCAAAUCAUAACCAACUCCCAUCUUUUGGUGAAAGGGUGCUUGCUUGAUCUACUUUAAUUUGUUUCUGUAAAGGCCAAGAGUGCCUUAGCCCACGCUGUCCAAUCAUCUUGCCAUGACUGUGAGAUGCUGAGGGAGCAGUUUGAGGAGGAGCAGGAGGCCAAGGCUGAGCUGCAGAGGGGAAUGUCCAAAGCCAAUGUAGAGGUGGCUCAGUGGAGAGCCAAAUACGAGACUGAUGCCAUCCAGCGUACUGAUGACCUGGAGGAGGCCAAGUGAGUCAGAAGAUACAGGCCUUUUAAAUAUUGUACUUUAGAAAUGUACUGCUCACCUUCACGAGGCCAAGAAACAUUGUUUCUACACUAAAGAAGGACAUUUAUAUCCUCAGGAUGAAGCUUGCCCAGCGACUCCAGGAUUCUGAGGAGGCCAUUGAGGCUGUGAACGCCAAGUGUGCCUCUCUGGAGAAGACCAAGCAGAGGCUGCAGGGAGAGGUGGAGGACCUCAUGGCUGAUGUGGAGAGGGCAGAUGGUCAAGCAGCUGUCCUGGAUAAAAAGCAAAGGAGCUAUGACAAGGUAAUAGACUUGUAUUGAAUUCACAUGUAGCGACCUCCAUAAAACAAAAGUUUAUCAGUCAGACACCGAUUCUGACCCUUAAGUAAUAGACUACACUAAAUUGGACUACCAAUGUUUUGCCAGAAAGCUAAAAUCAAGUCAACCACCUUUAACCAAGAUCUUUCAAACCCUCCUUAGAUUGUGGCUCAAUGGAAGCAGAAUUAUGAGGAGAGUCAAGCCGAGCUGGAAGGUUCCCAGAAAGUGUCUCGUUCCCUCAGCACUGAGCUCUUCAAAAUGAAGAACUCCUACGAGGAAUGUCUGGAGCACCUGGAGGCCAUGAAGAGAGAGAACAAGAACCUGCAACGUAUGUAGUCCUGUGUAGCUCAGUUGGUAGAGCAUGGCACUUGCAAUGCCAGGGUUGUGGGUUCGUUUCCCAUGGGGGGCCAGUAUGAAAAUGUAUGCACUCACUAACUGUAAGUUGUUCUGGAUAAGAGUGUCUGCUAAAUGACUAAAAUGUAAAUGCUAACUACACAAUAGUCUGUGACUCUGCAGGUUUAAACUUCAGAUCUGUAACUAACUAUAAUGUUAUUCCAGAGGAAAUCUCUGAUCUGACAGAACAAGUUGGUGAGAAUGGCAAAGCCAUCCAUGAACUGGAGAAGAACAAGAAGCAAACAGAGAAAUUUGAGAUCCAAUCUGCUCUGGAGGAAGCUGAGGUUUGAUGCCAAUGGAGAAAUGUCCUGAAAAUGUCAAUAAACAAUGGAAUAAUUUCAGCAUGAAUAGCAUAUUAUUUUAGGCCUCUUUGGAAAAUGAAGAAUCCAAGAUCCUUCGUAUCCAGCUGGAGCUAACCCAGGUCAAAGGUGAGGUGGACAGGAGGCUGGCGGAGAAAGAGGAGGAGAUGGAGCAGAUCAAACUUAACAACCAGCGUGUCGUCGACACCAUCCAGUCGGCCCUAGACUCUGAGAUCCGCAGCAGAAACGAUGCCCUGAGGAUCAAAAAGAAGAUGGAGACCGAUCUCAACGAGAUGGAGGUUCAGCUGAGCCAUGCCAACAGGCAGGCUGGUGAGGCCCAGAAACAGCUGAGGAACGUUAAGGCCCACCUCAAGGUAAUGCAUUCAAAGCAUUUCUACAUAAUAUGAAUCUAUAAUGUCUUACUAAUUAACUUUAUUACAAAGUUUAGUUUAUUUCUCUCCUCAGGAUGCCCAGCUGCACCUGGAUGAGGCUCUGCGUAGCCAGGAGGAGCUGAGGGAGCAGGCAGCCAUUGUGGAGCGCAGGAGCUCCAUGAUGCAGGCUGAGGUGGAGGAGCUAAGGGCUGCCCUGGAGCAGGCGGAGAGGAGCCGUAAGAUGGCUGAGCAGGAUCUGACUGAUGCCUGUGAGAGAGUGGGGCUGCUGCAUUCCCAGGUAUACUCACAAAUAUGUAGCAUUUCCUUGGUUUAUAUAGAUUUCCCAUGCCACUAUUGUAACAUCUAAUAACAUUAUCUAUAAUGCCAUACUUUAACAGAACACCAGUCUUCUCAACACCAAGAAGAAGCUGGAUGCAGAUGUCAGUCAACUGCAAGGGGAAGUGGAGGAUGCCAUCCAGGAGGCUAGGAACGCAGAGGAGAAAGCCAAGAAAGCCAUCACUGAUGUAUGUGUCAUAUCAAGCAAAGAUUCACAAUAUCUUACCUCCAUAUCAUUUCAUAUAAAACCAACAACAAUAUGAUGUGAUGAAAUGUUCCCCUACACAGGCGGCCAUGAUGACUGAGGAGCUGAAGAAGGAGCAGGACACCAGCGGUCAUGUAGAGAGGAUGAAGAAGAACCUGGAGGUUACAGUCAAGGACCUGCAUCACCGCCUGGAUGAGGCUGAAAACCUGGCCAUGAAGGGAGGCAAGAAGCAGCUCCAGAAACUGAAGGCUCGGGUAACCCAUCCCCUUUUCACAAGAUUAUCAUAGUAUCACUGGGACUCAAAUACUCUAGAUUAAUCUGAAGACAUACCGGCAGAUGGUGCUGUUGAUCCUGUCAAUAUGGAAUGUGUUUCUCCCAGAGCUGCUAGCCUCCCAAGUGGCACAGUGGUCUAAGGCACAGCAUUGCAGUGCUAGCUGUGCCACUAGAGAUCCUGGUUCAAAUCCAGGCUCUGUCGUAGCCGGCCGCGACCGGGAGACCCAUGGGGAGGCGCACAAUUGGCCCAGAGUCGUCCAGGGUAGGGGAGGUAAUGGCCGGCAGGGAUGUAGCUCAGUUGGUGGGUUCGAUUCCCACGGGGGGCCAGUAUGAAAAAAUAAUAAAAUAUAUAUAUAUAUUAAUAAUGUAUGCACUCACUAACUGAGCGUCUGCUAAAUGACAAAAAUGUAGACUGGAGGCACAGUGAAAUCAUUGAAGGUUUUUAGCUGCUAUACUGGAAGCGUAUCCCAGAGGAAGCCUGAGACUCUUUACCAAGUGUUUAUUACUUGAUGUGAUCUACUCAUUGGCAGGUGCGUGAGCUGGAAUUAGAACUGGAGGCUGAGCAGAAGAGAGGAGCUGAUUCCAUCAAAGGAGUCCAAAAAUAUGAGAGGAGAGUCAAGGAGCUCACCUUCCUUUUUGUAGAUCUGGUCUGUUCAGUGGAGUAAAUGUACAGACCAGAUCUACAAAAAGAGCCAACAGAGACUGUACUUUCUAAAAAAGUUGGGUUCUUUUAAUAUAGACUGUACUAUAUUGACUCUGUUUUACAAAUCCUUUAUUGAGAGUAUUUUAACUUUUUGUAUUGUUUGUUGGUUUGGCAAUGCCACUGUCAGUCAGAGAAACAUGCUGAGAAGGAUUAUUACCACAGCAAGUAAGGUACUUGGAGUCAAACAGACAGGCCUGGAUGAGAUCUUUAAGGUCAGGGCCCUCCGUAAGGCUCACAAAAUCAUUUUAGACCCAAGUCACCCCCUGUACCUGGACUUUGAAUUACUCCCCUCUGGGCGUAGGUAUAGGGCACCCCUCAGCAGGAAAAAUAGAACGAGACAAUCAUUUGUGCCAGGUGUGAUAUCCCUCUUAAAUAGCUCGGGCAAAUGUUCCCAUUGACCCCGUAAGGCCAGCAGGCUAGUCUUUGUUUUAAAUGUUUUAAAUGUUUUAUUUCUUAUUUCUUACUUUUAUUGGUGCGUGACUGUUAUUGAAAGUUGUAUUGUCAAUCUUGUUUUGUAUUUAACGCCACUUUAAAUGUGUACAUGACACUGCAACAAAAUUUCCCCAUGGGGACAAUAAAGUAAGUAAGUAAGUAAGUAAGGUAGUAGAGAAAUGAGUUCAGAUGAAUCUGAUUCAAUCAGAAGUGAUCUAAUUCCUUUACCUCAAUGACUGAUCUGCUGAUCUCUGCUUGCAGACCGAAGAGGACAAGAAGACUGUCCAGAGACUGCAGGACCUGGUGGACAAGCUGCAGUUGAAAGUGAAGGCGUACAAACGUCAGGCUGAGGAAGCUGUAAGCUUAGAUCAAUGACCUAUGACCUAAUGAGAAAGUACCUGGUUGUUAUUGUUAAUCACUGAAUUAUUGUAUUAUGGUCUGGUGGUGUUGUUCCAGGGAGAGCAGGCCAACACCCAACUGACUAAGUGCAGAAAGGUGCAGCAUGACCUGGAGGAGGCAGAGGAGAGGGCUGACGUCGUCGAGUCCCAGGUCAUCAAGAUGAGAGCCAAGAGCAGGGAUGCCGGGAAGGUACAAUACGAUACAAUACAAAAACAUAAGUAUUCAUAUAUUUCACUACUACAUUGAUUGAUUGAUGUGUGUAUUAUUUUUUAGAAAAAAAUGAAAAUAAAAAACAACAUUUGUAUUACAUAUUUUUUAUAUGUACCAGCCUGAAUCUGAGUGACUAGAAGACCCAGAAGUGGUUAGAAGACCCAGGAUUUGUGCCUGCUUGGCUGCCUGCCUGGAUGUCUGGAUCUGCUUAUGUAGUGACUGUAGCACAACCUAGUGGAACUAUAGUACAAAAUAAAUGAAGCAAGUGCAUGAAAACUGUUUCUGGGGUGUUCUUUUAAAGUGUGAUACAAAACAUUUAACAUUCGCUCUUAUCUUUUUUGCAUAAACAGAUGCUCCAGUGAUCUAAUCAGGCCUACGUUUUAUAGUUUUUUUUUAAAAUUGUCAUUAUCUUGCCAAACAAGGCAACAGUAUAACAAGUGUAACACAAUCAUCCCAAUCAUUAGUCCCUUAGCCAAACAGUGUGGAUUUUGAGGCUCAAUUUAGACCCGGCAGGACCGCCAUGUGCAUAUAGUUUUAAUUUCAUUUGAGAGUCUGGGAUUUUCAGAGAUCAGUAGAGAUCCUCAGGAGAAUGCAUGGUGACAUUUUGGGCUUCCCCAUGACAUCCAAAAUAGGCAUCCUCUCCAAUGUCAAAGUCCAAUACAGAACACACGCACACACAAAAGGCCCACGGGCCUAAAGCUCGCAUGCUAUCUCAGGAUUAGUCAUGAUUAGGCCCCAUAAUCGAAAGACAAUCCAGCCUGAUCAGAAAGGCACGAAGACAUUUCCUAUCGCUGAGUUAAAGCUGUGUGUCAUUAGCUGUGUGAUGCCUUCUUUAGAACUAUCUGUUUAGUGCACAGUGAUUGACUAUCAUAUUUAGGGUGAUGCAUCCCACCUGUGUUUGUCUUAUUUUUCUGUGGUCCAGUUAUAAACACACACAUUCAGUGUCUCAAAAGUCCUCAUCAUAACUUUGGAAUUUAAAUUGUCUGAAAACCAGAUUGGAACUUAAGCUUGACAUUGGAGUAUAAUACCCAUCCUGCAUGUUUUACAUACUGCAGGAUUACACUAGAGCUUUAAUUCGAUUUCCAAUAAGGUCCUGUGCUCUUUCUGCCCAAAUACAAACAGAUUAGCAGAUUAAUAUCUCCAUGCUAUUGAUUUACGUUAGAUUGAUGUUUUAAACUAUAAAUAUAAAUGAUGGAACCAUACAUUAUAGAUGGAACAUCUAUAUGCCUGGCAAAAUAUAUAAAUGCUGAAAUGCCAUUUCCUGUCACAUACAUCAAGGACCAAUUAAGAUCAUGCUUAGAAUAGGAUCACAUAUGUAUCCUUAUCUUUGCUUCAUCUGAAAUGAAUAGCUAUCCCCCCAAACAAUUUUAAGAUGCAAAUUAUUUCAAGGUUUCACAGUUUUCCAAUUCCAUCCAUCAGUUUCUGUAACGUCUGCCCUCUGCCUCUGAAAACCAUUGUCUGGCCACUAUGCCACUAGAUCCCAGAAUAAGCUCCAUAAUGAGAGAUGACAGAGAACUAAUCAGGGGGGUGGCUUACUUUCCCAAAACAAGGUGAAGGAUUUGAGGGGCGGACCAAAUUAACUCAAUAAAAGUCCCUUUAAUUACUGAGGGAUCCGUAUGAGGGAGAACUCUGGUGAGUAACACUCUCCUAUAGAGGUUUGUGCACUACUGACUGUCUAUGUUAAAGCUUUUUAUCAACAAAAGGUUCCAUUAAGAUGUUUUCAAAUGUUUGAUUUAAUUCAAGAAUGAAUUUAAAAUAAUGGUUCCUAUUUCUCCUCAGGUGAGGGAAACAAAACAACAACCUUUUCUCAGUGAGUCUGGAUUUGGGUAAGGUUGAAGAUGCAUUAUUUUACAGUCCUCUCUCAGCUGGUCUUUUUAAUUGAUUCCUGUCACUGGAUGUCUCUCCAUCAGAGAAAGUGAAUUUUCUGGACAUAUUUUGAAACUCUGCUUUCUCUUCACAGUAAAAGCCCAGCCAUGAGUACGGACGCAGAGAUGGCCAUUUUCGGCGAGGCAGCCAUAUACCUCCGGAAACCAGAGAGAGAGAGGAUUGCCGCUCAGAACAUCCCAUUUGAUGCCAAGACAGCCUGCUAUGUGACCGACAGCAAAGAGCUGUACCGCAAAGGCAACAUCCAGAAGAGAGACGCUGGCAAAGUCACUGUAAAGAUUACUGGUGGACAAGUGAGUGUUUGACUCCACAAGUGAUUCAUAUAGACAGUAUUACUACACUGAGUAUACCAAACAUUAGGAACACCUUCCUAAUAUUGAGUUGCACCCCCCCUUUUGCCCUCAGAACAGCCUCAAUUUGUCGGGGCAUGGGCUCUACAAGGUGUUUAAAGCGUUCCACAGGGAUGCUGGCCCAUGUUGACUCUAAUGCUUCCCAUAGUUGGGUCAAGUUAGCUGGAUGUCCUUUGGGUGGUGGACUAUUUUUGAUACACACGCAAAACUGUUGAGUGUGGAAAAACCCAGCAGCGUUGCAGUUGUUGACACAAACCGGUGCGCCUGGCACCUACUAACAUACCCCGUUCAAAGGCACUUAAAUAUUUUGUCUUGCCCAUUCACCUUCUGAAUGGCACACAUACACAAUCCAUGUCUCAACUGUCUCGAGGUUUAAAAAUCUUUCUUUAACCUGUCUCCUCCCCUUCAUCUACACUGAUUGAAGUGGAUUUAAUGUGUCAUCAAUAAGGGAUCAUAGCUUUCAUCUAGAUAUUACUUGUUAGAUAUUACUGCACUGUCGGAGCUAGAAGCACAAGCAUUUCGCUACACUCGCUAUAACAUCUGCUAAACACGUGUAUGUGACAAAUACAAUUUGAUUUGAUUUGACCUGGAUUCACCUGGUCAAUGUUUUGUAUACUCAGUGUACGUUGUAAUAAUAACUAAUACAAUAUGUUAGUAAUUAACAGAAGUAGUACUACAUGUUAAUAACUCUCAUGUCUAACUUUCCAAGGGUGUAACAGUGACAGAGGAUGACGUGUAUCCAAUGAAUCCUCCUAAAUUUGAUAAGAUUGAGGACAUGGCUAUGAUGACCCACCUCAACGAGGCCACUGUGCUGUAUAACCUCAAAGAGCGUUACGCAGCAUGGAUGAUCUACGUGAGUCUAGACUGGUUGACAUUACGUAGUAUCAGUGGUGGAAAAAGUACUCAAUUGUCAUACUAGAUUAAAAGUAAAUAUACCUUAAUAGAAAAUGACUCAAGUAAAAGUGAAAGUCACCCAGUGAAAAACUACUUGAGUAAAAGUCUAAAAGUAUUUCGUUUUAAAUAUACUUAAGUAUCAAAAGUAAAUGGAAUUGCUAAAAUAUACUUAAGUAUCAAAGUAAAAGUAUAAAUCAUUUCAAAUUCCUUACAUUAAGUAAACCAGACGGCACAAUUAUAUAUAUAUUUUUUACAUUUACAGAUAGCCAGGGGCACACUCCAACACUCAGACAUAAUUUACAAACAAAGCAUUUGUGUUUAGUGAGUCCGCCAGAUCAGAGGCAGUAGGGAUGACCAGGGAUGUUCUCUUGAUAAGUGCGUGAAUUGAACCAUUUUCCUGUCAAAAUGUAACGAGUACUUUUGGGUGUCAGAGAAAAUGUAUGGGAUAAAAAGUACAUUAUUUUCUUUAGGCAUGUAGUGAAGUAAAAGUAAAAGUUGGCUAAAAUAAUAAAUAGUAAAGUAAAGCACAGAUACACCAAAAAACUACUUAAGUAGUACUUUAAAGUAUUUUUACUUAAGUACUUUACACCACUGCAUAGUAUAUACAAUUCUUUAUCAUUCACUCCAAUACAAUAUCAAUGAGAUGAGCCAAAAGUAAUUGGUUACUAAUGAUGCGCAUCAUACUGUGUUUCAGACCUACUCUGGGCUGUUCUGUGUCACUGUAAACCCCUAUAAGUGGUUACCAGUUUACAACCAGGAGGUGGUAGUGGCCUACAGAGGGAAGAAACGCAUGGAAGCCCCACCUCAUAUCUUCUCUGUCUCUGACAACGCAUAUCAGUUCAUGCUCACUGGUAAGGUUGAUAUUUGGCUGUAAUGAAAAACUUGAUUCAGCAGAAUUACCUGAUAAUGUCAAUAUAUCCCUCUCAUUAAACCUUCAAAAAAUAUUUGUAUUCACAGACAGAGAGAACCAGUCUGUCCUUAUCACGUAAGUUGCAUUCUAUAUUAACAAACCGUCAUAUUUUUGUACCACAAGUACCACUUAUCUUACCUAUCUCAACGCAUCUUAUUCUUCUCCCACCCUUGUAUCUUUAUCUGAAAUCAGUGGAGAAUCUGGUGCAGGGAAGACUGUGAACACUAAGCGUGUCAUCCAGUACUUUGCGACAAUCGCAGUGUCUGGGAAGAAAGAAUCUACCAGUGGCAAAAUGCAGGUGAGAGGCUGUCACGCCCUGACUCAGGGGACGUUUAUUUGUUGAGUCAGGGUGUUCAUAUUCCGUGUUAUGUUAAGUUUUCUAUGUUUAGUGUCUAGAUCGUGUAGAUCUAUGUUGGCCAGGGUGGUUCCCAAUCAGAGGCAGCUGUAGCUCGUUGUCUCUGAUUGGGGACCAUACUUAGGCAGCCGUUUGGCACCAGUCUGUGUGGGAUCUUGUUCUGUAUAGGUUUGUUUUGUGUAACCUCAAGACUUCACGUAUCGUUUGUUUGUUGUUUUGUCGUGUUCAGUACUUAAAUAAAAAUGUACGCUUAUCACGCUGCGCCUUGGUUCCACGAAUCUUUAAACGAUCGUGACAGAGGCCCUGUGAUACCAGGCUGGUACCAGCCGACAAAAACCUAGUUCAAAUGUAUGUAAUAGCCAUUUUAACAAGUAAAAAUCAGAUAAAUAGUGGUUUGUGAAGUAAAGUGUUAGCAAUUAUUCUACAGGGCUCGCUGGAGGAUCAAAUAAUUGCAGCCAACCCCCUGCUGGAGGCCUAUGGUAAUGCCAAAACUGUGAGGAACGACAACUCCUCCCGAUUUGUAAGUUGAGCAUAUUACCGAUAUCUUUAAUAUAAUUCUUAAGACGUGUUACAGUUCAAACCAGCAAUCAUAAAUUAUUCUCUUUCAAACAGGGUAAAUUCAUCAGGAUUCAUUUUGGAACCACUGGAAAGCUAGCCUCAGCUGAUAUUGAGACAUGUGAGUCUACGCUGUGUUUUUCUGUGCAUGGUCUAGACUAGAGGUUAUGGAAGGCAUUGCCACUCUUGACUCUUUCCCCAGACUUGCUGGAAAAGUCCAGAGUGACAUUCCAGCUUGCUGAUGAGAGAAGUUAUCACAUCUUCUAUCAAGUUAUGACCAACCACAAGCCAGAGCUGAUAGGUAAGGAUCACAUGAUUAAUGGCAUCCCCAAUGGUCCAUCCUGACAUUGAAGCGGAGUAUUGAGAUUGAAUUCUAAAUCACUAAUGACUAUAUUGAUCUCCACAGAGAUGCUGCUCAUCACAACCAAUCCAUAUGAUUUCCCCAUGAUCAGUCAGGGGCAGAUCACUGUGACCAGCAUCGUAGACAAAGAUGAACUGGUCGCCACCGAUGUAGGUCUUCUUGAUUUGAUCAAUAACUUGACAAAUCAUGUUUGCACAUGUAUCAUAAUGCGAUUAGCAUAAUACAACAUCAUGUGGAAUCUGCUUAUAGUAUAUAUUUAGAUUCCUGCUCUUCUAUUAACAUUGAAUCUACUUAUAUCUGAUUUAUUUGGCUACUAGACUGCUAUUGAUAUCUUGGGCUUCACGCUGGAUGAAAAGAUGGGCAUCUUCAAGCUGACAGGUGCUGUGAUGCAUCAUGGGAACAUGAAGUUCAAGCAGAAGCAGAGAGAGGAGCAAGCAGAGCCAGACGGCACUGAGGGUAAACAUGGGUUUUGAAUAUGUAUACAUAAUAUGAAUAUACUGUACAGUGAGGGGGAAAAGUAUUUGAUCCCCUGCUGAUUUUGUACGUUUGCCCACAGACAAAGAAAUGAUCAGUCUAUAAUUUUAAUAGUAGGUUUAUUUGAACAGUGAGAGACAGAAUAACAACAAAAAAAUCCAGAAAAUGUCAAAAAUGUUAUAAAUUGAUUUGCAUUUUAAUGAGGGAAAUAAGUAAUCAGAAAGAUUUCUGGCUCCCAUGUGUCUUUUAUUCAGGUAACGAGCUGAGAUUAAGAGCACACUCUUAAAGGGAGUGCUUCUAAUCUCAGUUUGUUACCUGUAUAAAAGACACCUGUCCACAGAAGCAAGCAAUCAGAUUCCAAACUCUCCACCAUGGCCAAGACCAAAGAGCUCUCCAAGGAUGUCAGGGACAAGAUCGUAGACCUACACAAGGCUGGAAUGGGCUACAAGACCAUCGCCAAGCAGCUUGGUGAGAAGGUGACAACAGUUGGUGCGAUUAUUCGCAAAUGGAAGAAACACAAAAGAACUGUCAAUCUCCCUCGGCCUGGGGCUCCAUGCAAGAUCUCACCUCGUGGAGUUGCAAUGAUCAUGAGAAUGGUGAGGAAUCAGCCCAGAACUACACGGGAGGAUCUUGUCAAUGAUCUCAAGGCAGCUGGGACCAUAGUCACCAAGAAAACAAUUGGUAACACACUACUCCGUGAAGGACUGAAAUCCUGCAGCGCCCGCAAGGUCCCCCUGCUCAAGAAAGCACAUAUACAGGCCCGUCUGAAGUUUGCCAAUGAACAUCUGAAUGAUUCAGAGGAAAACUGGGUGAAAGUGUUGUGGUCAGAUGAGACCAAAAUGGAGCUCUUUGGCAUCAACUCAACUCGCCGUGUUUGGAGGAGGAGGAAUGCUGCCUAUGACCCCAAGAACACCAUCCCCACCGUCAAACAUGGAGGUGGAAACAUUAUGCUUUGGGGGUGUUUUUCUGCUAAGGGGACAGGACAACUUCACCGCAUCAAAGGGACGAUGGACAGGGCUAUGUACCGUCAAAUCUUGGGUGAGAUCCUCCUUCCCUCAGCCAGGGCAUUGAAAAUGGGUCGUGGAUGGAUAUUCCAGCAUGACAAUGACCCAAAACUCACGGCCAAGGCAACAAAGGAGUGGCUCAAGAAGAAGCACAUUAAGGUCCUGGAGUGGCCUAGCCAGUCUCCAGACCUUAAUCCCAUAUAAAAUCUGUGGAGGGAGCUGAAGGUUUGAGUUGCCAAACAUCAGCCUCGAAACCUUAAUGACUUGGAGAAGAUCUGCAAAGAGGAGUGGGACAAAAUCCCUCCUGAGAUGUGUGCAAACCUGGUGGCCAACUACAAGAAACAUCUGACCUCUGUGAUUGCCAACAAGGGUUUUGCCACCAAGUACUAAGUCAUGUUUUGCAGAGGGGUCAAAUACUUAUUUCCCUCAUUAAAAUGCAAAUCAAUUUAUAACAUUUUUGACAUGCGUUUUUCUGGAUUUUUUUGUUGUUAUUCUGUCUCUCACUGUUCAAAUAAACCUACCAUUAAAAUUAUAGGCUGAUCAUUUCUUUGUCAGUGGGCAAACGUACAAAAUCAGCAGGGGAUCAAACACUUUUUUUCCCUCACUGUAUAUAUACUUAAUCUGAAAUUAAAAAUACAACAUGUGACUCAUCUCACAGAUGGUCCCUUGAGGGUGGUCAACUUUACGUAAUAGAGAUGUAAAAUUAUUCUACUGCUGCUGUCAUUGUUUUAGUGGCUGACAAAGUUGCCUACCUCCUGGGCCUGAACUCUGCAGACCUGCUAAAAGCUCUCUGCUACCCCAGAGUGAAGGUUGGAAAUGAAUAUGUCACCAAGGGACAGACAGUCCAGCAGGUGAAACACCAUAUCUAUUUAAUAUUACCGAAAAAUUCAUAUCAAUCAGUCCAUUAGGAUUAUUACAAUUCUGUUGUAUUGUUGUUUCACAUUUAGGUCCAUAAUUCAGUUAUGGCCCUGGCAAAAUCGAUCUAUGAGAAGAUGUUCUUGUGGAUGGUUAUCCGCAUCAACCAGAUGUUGGACACCAAGCAGCCAAGGCAGUUCUUCAUUGGUGUCCUGGACAUCGCUGGGUUUGAGAUAUUUGAUGUAAGUAUUGAAUGUCGUCAGCGCUGUACUUCAUCUAAUGAUACAGUCUCUGCAAUAUUGAAAUACAGUAUGUCAAUCAAAUACUUUCUACAGUACAACAGUCUGGAGCAGCUGUGUAUCAACUUCACCAACGAGAAACUGCAGCAGUUUUUCAACCACCACAUGUUUGUGCUGGAACAAGAGGAGUACAAGAAAGAGGGAAUCGAGUGGGAGUUCAUAGACUUUGGAAUGGACUUGGCUGCCUGCAUUGAGCUCAUUGAGAAGGUAAGUGUAAUGGGAAUUGUUAAUGUCAUAUGAGAAGAAUUUACACUACUGUUGUAUCUCGUAUCAACCUCUUAUCAACCUCAUUCUACAACAGCCAAUGGGCAUCUUUUCCAUCCUUGAAGAGGAGUGCAUGUUCCCCAAGGCUUCAGACACCACCUUCAAGAGCAAGCUGUACGACCAGCAUUUGGGAAAGACUGGCUGCUUUCAGAAGCCCAAGUCUGCCAAAGGCAAGGCCGAGGCCCACUUCUCCUUGGUGCACUAUGCCGGAACUGUAGACUACAACAUCUGUGGAUGGCUGGACAAGAACAAGGACCCGCUGAACGAGUCUGUGGUCCAGCUGUAUCAGAAGUCUGCAGUUAAACUGCUGUCUCUCCUAUAUGCAAGCUUUACACAAGCCGAUGGUAUGGGAUCUAUAACUUUACCUCUUAAACAUGGUCUUGUUUACACAACAUUAUGUUUUAGAUAUUCACACAACCCUUGCUUGUUUCAUUGACAGAUCUUAGCAAGAAAGGUGCCAAGAAGAAAGGUGGCUCUUUCCAAACAGUGUCUGCCUUGUUUAGGGUAGGGGGAUUCAUCAAGUAGUGAAAAUACUGACUACAAACGAGGUAUUGAGACUCAAACUUUUCACUCAAACACAUUACUUUCAUCCCACAGGAGAACUUGGGCAAGCUGAUGACAAACCUUAGAUGCACUCAUCCUCACUUUGUGCGCUGCUUGAUUCCCAACGAGUCAAAGACUCCAGGUAAAACUAAAGCAUUGGUUAUUGAGUGUAAGUACGAAAUGCAGUGAGCUCCAAAAGUAUUGGGACAGUGAAUUUUUGUUGUUGUUUUAUUGUAAAUAAGAAUAUAAUAUGUUUCUAAACACUUCUACAUGAAUGUGCAUUCUAAAAGGAUUACGGAUAAUCCUGAAUGAAUUGUGAAUAAUAAUGAGUGAGAAAGUUACAGAUGCACAAAUAUCAUUACAUGCUAGGAAUAUGGGACCAAAUACUAAACUUUGGACUACUUGAAUACACAUAUAAGUGAAUUUGUCCCAAUACUUUUGGUACCCUAAAAUAGGGGGACUAUGUAAAAAAUAAAAGUGCUGUAAUUUCUAAACGGUUCAUCCGAUAUGGAUGAAAAUAACAUCAAAUUAAAGCUAACAGUCUGCACUUUAACCUUAUAACCUUAUCAUUUCAAAUCCAAAGUGCUGGAGUACAGAGCUAAAACAACAAAAAAUGUGUCACUGUCCCAAUACUGUUGGAGCUCACUGUAGCAGUUAACAAUCAUUCUCUUCAGAAAAAAUGCAGCUAAAAUCUUGAACAUCUUAGGUCUCAUGGAGAAUGCCUUGGUGAUCCACCAGCUGAGGUGUAAUGGUGUGUUAGAAGGUAUCAGAAUCUGCAGAAAAGGUUUCCCGAGCAGAAUCCUGUAUGGUGAUUUCAAGCAAAGGUAUACAAUCAUCCAUAGUAGUUCACCAAAAAUGCUAUGCAUUUAAAUCCUUUGAAAAAAUAUGACAUACCUAAUGCAUAUAUCUUUCAUGUUUGUAACAGAUACAAAGUCUUGAAUGCCAGUGUUAUCCCCGAUGGCCAGUUCAUUGACAACAAGAAAGCUUCAGAGAGGCUCUUGGGGUCAAUUGAUGUGGACCACACUCAGUACAAAUUUGGGCACACCAAGGUAAGAGGAGCCCAAUUUUUUUCACAAUCACAAACCACAAUGUUAACAUUAGCAUUUAAUCUAAAUCCUAUUCUACGGCCCAACUAUGUCCUCUUGUCUCUCAGGUGUUUUUUAAGGCUGGGCUGCUGGGAACUCUGGAGGAGAUGAGAGACGAGAAGCUGGCAGCUUUGGUUACAAUGACUCAAGCACUCUGCAGAGGCUUCGUCAUGAGGAAGGAGUUCAAAAAGAUGAUGGAGCGAAGGUAAGACUGUUCAAUUGACUCAGUAGGACUGAUCUGCUUGACUAAUUAUCUGUAAAGCUAUAAUAUUUCAUUUUUCUGACCAUGGGGAUGAUGUAAUAGCCUCUUAUUCUUUGCACAGAGAAUCUAUCUUUAUCGUCCAGUACAACAUCCGCUCCUUCAUGAACGUGAAACACUGGCCAUGGAUGAAGCUGUACUUCAAGAUCAAGCCCCUGCUGAAAAGUGCUGAGACAGAGAAGGAAAUGGUCACAAUGAAGGAAGAGUUUGCGAAGUGCAAGGAGAACCUGGCCAAGGCUGAAGCCAAGAAGAAGGAACUAGAGGAGAAAAUGGUCACGCUUCUGCAGGAGAAGAACGAUCUUCAGUUACAAGUAGCUUCGGUAUGUUAUUCUCCAGUUAGGCCCCAAAACAUUUACAACAAAGCUAUAUUGACAUUGUAAAAUAAAUAAAAGCAUGUAAAAAUAUAAAGGUUAUUUUAUGUUGAAACCCUCAUAUUAAACACCGACGGUAUUCAGUAAGUUGAUGGGUUAUAUUUAGGAUAAUGUUUUACAGCUCUGUCAUUCUAUUUUUCAUAUUUAAAACAUCUUAUUUUAUAAUUUUAUAUAUUUUACAUGUUAUAAAAAUGAGCUGUAAUCCUUUAAAGUUUCCAAAAUUCUGGUAGUUUACUGGUAAAUUGUGAAAGUUACCAGUAACAUUCCCCCCUUAGCAACCCUAAUUUUGAUGAAAAAUAAAUAUAAUAUUUGAUUUAAACAUGUUUUGAAAAUGAUUCUGUAGGAAAGUGAGAACCUUUCAGAUGCAGAGGAGAGAUGUGAGAGUUUCGUCAAGAACAAGAUCCAGCUGGAGGCCAAAGCUAAAGAGCUGAGUGAGAGGCUGGAGGAAGAGGAGGAGAUAAACGCUGAGCUGACUGCCAAGAAGAGGAAGCUGGAGGAUGAGUGUUUUGAGUUAAAAAAGGACAUUGAUGAUCUGGAGCUCACCCUGGUUAAAGUGGAGAAAGAGAAACAUGCAACUGAAAACAAGGUUAAAGCAACUUCCCCGGCAUAAAGUAUACAUUGAAGCUAUUUAUUUUAUCAGUAUGAGAACUAUUAACUUUUGUGUUUGUGUGAACAGGUGAAAAACUUGACUGAAGAGGUGUCAACACUGGACGAAACCAUUGUUAAAGUAUCCAAGGAGAAGAAAGCCCUCCAAGAAGCCCACCAGCAAGUCUUAGAUGAUCUCCAGGCAGAGGAAGACAAAGUCAACACUCUGACUAAAGCCAAGGCCAAGCUGGAACAGCAAGUGGACGACGUGAGUUUGACAAGUCCAGUACAUCAUAGGCCUACUGUAUGUCAUGACGUCCUAACCUUGGUAUAUUCUUAAAAUUCUUCCAUGUGAUGUUACAGCUAGAGGGCUCUCUUGAACAAGAGAAUAAACAUUCCAUGGACCUUGAGAGAUCCAGGAAGAAGUUUGAGGGAGAUUUAAAACAUGCCCAGGAAUCCAUAAUGGAUCUGGAGAAUGAAAAACAGCAAACGGAUGAAAAGCUGAAGAAGUAAGAUGAAAUACUACUUACAUUCUGUAUACAUUCUACUGGAUCAAGUUUUAUCCAAAUUUCAAUAACUUUCAAUUAAUGUUUAACUUUAUAGGAAAGACUUUGAAAUCUGUCAUCUUGUUGGGAAAAUUGAGGAUGAGCAAGCCCUUGGUGCCCAGUUGCAGAAGAAACUCAAGGAACAUCAGGUAUCAAAAUGCAACAAAUGUUUCAAGCAAUGAUAUUGACAUGUAGUGCAAAUGCCGACAAUGCGUCCAAUGAUUUUUUUAUCAACUGUUCUGUUUCUUCCAGGCCCGUAUUGAGGAGCUGGAAGAGGAGAUUGAGGCUGAACGUGCUGCCAGGGCUAAGGUGGAGAAACAGAGGUCUGAUCUCACCAGGGAACUUGAGGAGAUCAGUGAGAGGCUUGAGGAAGCUGGUGGAGCCACCAUUGCUCAGAUCGAGAUGAACAAGAAGCGAGAGGCCGAGUUUCAGAAACUGAGAAGAGACCUGGAGGAGUCAACUCUGCACCAUGAGGUUACUUCUGCUGCCCUGCGUAAGAAACAUGCAGACAGUAUGGCCGAGAUGGGAGAGCACAUCGACAACCUGCAGCGCGUCAAGCAGAAGCUGGAGAAGGAGAAGGGAGAAUACAAAAUGGAGAUCAGCGACCUGGUCAGCAACAUGGAGUUGGUGUCCAAAUUGAAGGUAAGUUGACAAGUUAACAUGAUGUAUUGAGCAUUUUCAAACCUAUAUUUGUGGUUAUAAAGAAUGUUUUGUUCUGGCAGAGUAACCUGGAGAAAAUGUGCCGAAGCCUUGAAGACCAAAUCAGCGAGCUAAAGGCCAAAAGCGAUGAAAGUCAGCGAAACGUCACUGACAUCACUGUCCAAAAAGCAAGAUUCCAAACAGAGAAUGGUGAGCUUUCUCGUCAGCUAGAGGAGAGAGAAUCGCUGGUAUCUCAGCUGACCAGAAGCAAACAGGCUUUGACUUCGCAGGUGGAAGAACUGAAGAGGCUGGCUGAAGAGGAGGUUAAGGUACAGAAACACAACUGAUUGAAAUGUCCGCAUCAAGUCAAAAAAACAUUAAGACACAUACAGUGGGGAAAAAAAGUAUUUAGUCAGCCACCAAUUGUGCAAGUUCUCCCACUUAAAAAGAUGAGAGAGGCCUGUAAUUUUCAUCAGGACAAAAUGAGAAAAAAAAAUCCAGAAAAUCACAUUGUAGGAUGUUUUAUGAAUUUAUUUGCAAAUUAUGGUGGAAAAUGAGUUUUUGGUCAAUAACAAAAGUUUCUCAAUACUUUGUUAUAUACCCUUUGUUGGCAAUGACACAGGUCAAACGUUUUCUGUAAGUCUUCACAAGGUUUUCACACACUGUUGCUGGUAUUUUGGCCCAUUCCUCCAUGCAGAUCUCCUCUAGAGCAGUGAUGUUUUGGGGCUGUCGCUGGGCAACACAGACUUUCAACUCCCUCCAAAGAUUUUCUAUGGGGUUGAGACCUGGAGACUGGCUACUCCAGGACCUUGAAAUGCUUCUUACGAAGCCACUCCUGGGAUCAUUGUCAUGCUGAAAGACCCAGCCACGUUUCAUCUUCAAUGCCCUUGCUGAUGGAAGGAGGUUUUCACUCAAAAUCUCACGAUACAUGGCCCCAUUCAUUCUUUCCUUUACACGGAUCAGUCGUCCUGGUCCCUUUGCAGAAAACCAGCCCCAAAGCAUGAUGUUUCCACCCCCAUGCUUCACAGUAGGUAUGGUGUUCUUUGGAUGCAACUCAGCAUUCUUUGUCCUCCAAACACGACGAGUUGAGUUUUUACCAAAAAGUUAUAUUUUGGUUUCAUCUGACCAUAUGACAUUCUCCCAAUCCUCUUCUGGAUCAUCCAAAUGCACUCUAGCAAACUUCAGACGGGCCUGGACAUGUACUGGCUUAAGCAGGGGGACACAUCUGGCACUGCAGGAUUUGAGUCCCUGGCGGCGUAGUGUGUUACUGAUGGUAGGCUUUGUUACUUUGGUCCCAGCUCUCUGCAGGUCAUUCACUAGGUCCCCCCGUGUGGUUCUGGGAUUUCUGCUCACCGUUCUUGUGAUCAUUUUGACCCCACGGGGUGAGAUCUUGCGUGGAGCCCCAGAUCGAGGGAGAUUAUCAGUGGUCUUGUAUGUCUUCCAUUUCCUAAUAAUUGCUCCCACAGUUGAUUUCUUCAAACCAAGCUGCUUACCUAUUGCAGAUUCAGUCUUCCCAGCCUGGUGCAGGUCUACAAUUUUGUUUCUGGUGUCCUUUGACAGCUCUUUGGUCUUGGCCAUAGUGGAGUUUGGAGUGUGACUGUUUGAGGUUGUGGACAGGUGUCUUUUAUACUGAUAACAAGUUCAAACAGGUGCCAUUAAUACAGGUAACGAGUGGAGGACAGAGGAGCCUCUUAAAGAAGAAGUUACAGGUCUGUGAGAGCCAGAAAUCUUGCUUGUUUGUAGGUGACCAAAUACUUAUUUUCCACCAUAAUUUGCAAAUAAAUUCAUUAAAAAUCCUACAAUGUGAUUUUCUGGAAUUUUUUUUCUCAAUUUGUCUGUCAUAGUUGACGUGUACCUAUGAUGAAAAUUACAGGCCUCUCUCAUCUUUUUAAGUGGGAGAACUUGCACAAUUGGUGGCUGACUAAAUACUUUUUUCCCCCACUGUAUACUGUGGUCCUCUGUAGCUCAAUUGGUAGAGCAUGGCACUUGUAACGCCAGGGUAGUGGGUUCUAUCCCCGGGACCACCCAUACCUAAAAAUGUAUGCACACAUGACUGUAAGUCGCUUUGGAUAAAAGCGUCUGCUAAAUGGCAUAUUAUUAUAUUAUUAUACUAAACAUUUCCCUUUACUGGAUGUGUUUGCAGGCCAAGAAUGCCCUAGCCCAUGCCCUCCAAUCGUCCCGCCAUGACUGUGACCUGCUGAGGGAGCAGUUCGAGGAGGAGCAGGAGGCCAAGGCAGAGCUGCAGCGUGGCAUGUCCAAGGCCAAUGGAGAGGUGGCUCAGUGGAGAACCAAAUACGAGUCUGAUGCCAUCCAGAGAACAGAAGAGCUGGAGGAGGCCAAGUACGAUUAGUCACCAAACAUUUCAUUGCAAAGAUAUUCUGAUUUGCAUACAGUGUUUUUUUGGAACUGUUGAUACCAAUAUGGAGGCCAUUCUAUUUCUUAAUAUCAAACAGAAUUUGCUGAAAUCUCUUUAUCUAUGGCUGUCUAUAACUUUGAACUUAUCUAAUAGGAAGAAGCUUGCCCUGCGUCUUCAGGAUGCUGAAGAGACGAUUGAGGCUGUGAAUGCUAAGUGUUCUUCUCUGGAGAAGAGCAAGCAGAGGCUGCAGGGAGAGGUGGAGGACCUGAUGAUUGAUCAGGAGAAAAAUAAUGCCUGGGCUGCUAACCUGGACAAGAGGCAAAAUAACUUUGACAAGGUAUUAAAUUACUUGGAGAGGAAUCAAAUCGUUUUAAGUUGAGAAGUCUAUUUCUUGGUAACAAACGUUUUGUCUCCUCAGAUUUUGGCUGAAUGGAAGCAGAAGUAUGAGGAGAGUCAGGCUGAGCUGGAAGGUUCCCAGAAAGGGUCUCGUGCUAUGAGCACUGAGCUCUUCAAAAUGAAGAAUUCUUAUGAGGAAUGUCUGGACCAGCUGGAGACCAUGAAGAGAGAGAACAAGAUCCUGCAGCGUAUGGCUUAGAAUGUAGCUUUGGCAUUCUUUGACUUUAAAAAGUAUCCUAUAGGCAAAGGCAACUGAUAAAAAUAUAGACCAAAUCUCUGUUUUUCUAUUUGAUCACCAGAGGAGAUCAAAGACCUGAGUGAUCAGGUUGGUGAGACUGGGAAGAGCAUCCAUGAAGUGGAGAAGGUUAAGAAGAUUAUAGAGACUGAGAAAGCAGAGAUCCAGACAGCUCUUGAGGAAGCAGAGGUACUGUGUUUCAACAAUACUGUAGAUGAGUAAAGUUGGUGUGGUUCAGUUCUGCGCAUGAAACUUGGUAGGUUGUAUUCUUUAUAGUUACAUGUACACUUCAAUGCAUGUGCUCUUCAAUCACCACCCUUAUCUCCCUCAGGCUUCUCUGGAGCACGAGGAAUCAAAGAUCCUACGUGUACACCUGGAGCUGGCCCAGGUCAAAGGCGAAGUGGACAGGAAGCUGGUGGAGAAGGAUGAGGAGAUGGAGAAGCUAAAACGCAACAGCCAGAGGGUGAUCGAGUCCAUGCAGAGCACUCUGGAUGCUGAGGUCAGGGGCAGGAAUGAUGCUCUCAGGUUCAAACGCAAAAUGGAGGCUGACCUUAACGAGAUGGAAGUCCAGCUGAGCCAUGUCAACCGGCAGUCUGCUGAGGCCCAGAAACAGCUGAGGAAUGUCCAGGGACAACUUAAGGUAUGGGUCUCUUUUAAUGCAAACAGCCAGGGGGUAAAUUUUGGAGCAGGGUAAUGUGUGGCAUCAUAACAGAGCAUGGUAGUACCACUAUCCCCCAACUUCGCUGAAUUGGUGUUAGAAGUAGGAUCCACACCUCUACUUCCUUGCUGCACUUCAGUUGCAGCUUCAUAGAACUAAUCAAGACAUGGUUGUGGCUGGUUUGUCAGGAUGCCCAGCUGCACCUGGAUGAGGCUCUGCGUAGCCAGGAGGAGCUGAGGGAGCAGGCAGCCAUGGUGGAGCGCAGGAGCUCCCUGAUGCAGGCCGAGGUGGAGGAGCUGAGGGCUGCCCUGGAGCAGACAGAGAGGAGCCGCAAGAUGGCCGAGCAGGAGCUGACUGAAGCCUGUGAGAGAGUGGGGCUGCUGCAUUCCCAGGUUAGUGUCAGUGGCUUAUAUCUCUAAGGAAAUAUAAUCAUGUAAAUUACAGUUGAGGCCUUAUCUAUUCCCAUCGGUCAAGUCAGGAAGAACUUCUCAAGUUUAAGAACUUCUGUUUCAGAACAUCAACCUGAUAAGCACCAAAAAGAAGAUGGAUGCUGACCUCACCCAACUCCAGGCUGAGGUUGAGGAUUCUGUCCAGGAGGCCAGGAAUGCAGAGGAGAAAGCCAAGAAGGCCAUAACAGACGUGAGUGACAACCAGAGGUUUCACUGAGUACACUGUGAACCCCUGUCAUAGACAUCGCUCUUUGAAUCCUGUUUGUCCUUGUUCUCUGUGUGCUAAUGCAGGCAGCCAUGAUGGCUGAGGAGCUGAAGAAGGAGCAGGACACCAGCGCUCAUCUGGAGAGGAUGAGGAAAAACCUGGAGGUCACGGUCAAGGACCUGCAGGUCCGUCUGGACGAGGCUGAGAACUUGGCCAUGAAGGGAGGCAAGAAGCAACUCCAGAAACUGGAGACCAGGGUGAGUCAAUAACAGCUAUUUUAUUUUGAUAUGCAAAUGCUUCGCUCUCAAAUUGAUUAAAUCCAGAGGAGGUGCUGACUGAGUACAGGGGUAGGAAAAUCUCUAGGUCUAUAAUAACUCUGCAUCUGAAUUUCAAAUCGAUUUUUCAAAUGAAGUGCAUAUUAAUUAAACAAAUAUAUUUGAAAGAGUGAGAUUCCAACCUUUGACCCUCUGGGUUGCAGGUGCGAGAGUUGGAGGGAGAACUGGAGGCUGAGCAGAGGAGGGGAGUUGAUGCCAUCAAAGGAGUCAGGAAAUAUGAGAGGAGAGUGAAGGAACUCUCCUACCAGGUAGAGGAUUACCAUAUUGCAUUGAUAUUACCACUACGACUACUACUACAGUAGUUUAAUGAUAAUGAUGGUUACGAUGACGAUGAUGUGGGGUAGGUGGAUGAAGACAAAAUGGUAAUAAUAACAAUAUUUUCCAGGCAGAGGAGGACAAGAAGAAUGUAUUCAGACUCCAGGACCUGGUGGACAAGCUGCAGCUGAAAGUAAAGGCAUUCAAACGCCAGGCUGAGGAAGCUGUAAGAAAAAUAAUUAUUUGUCAUCUAUAACCCAAUUCAAAAUGGCUGCAUAUUUAUUUAAUUAUGAUGUUAACCUUGUUGAUGCUGAACUUCUCCACAGGAAGAGCAGGCUAACACCCACCUGACUAAGUGCAGGAAAGUGCAACAUGAUCUGGAGGAGGCAUCCGAGAGGGCUGAUCUUGCUGAGUCCCAGGUCAACAAGAUGAGAGCCAAGAGCAGAGACAUGGGCUCA